CAGGUACAUUUGUCGUGCAAGUCACAGCGACCGACGCCGAUGACCCCACGUACGGGAACAGUGCUAGAGUCGUCUACAGCAUUCUGCAGGGGCAGCCGUACUUUUCUGUCGAGUCUGAGACAGGCAUCAUCAAAACAGCUUUGCUGAAUAUGGAUCGAGAAAACCGAGAGCAAUACCAAGUGGUCAUCCAAGCCAAGGACAUGGGAGGCCAGAUGGGUGGAUUGUCAGGAACCACCACAGUGAACAUUACGCUGACCGAUGUCAAUGACAACCCACCUCGCUUCCCCCAAAGUGCUUACCAGUUCAGAGUUGCAGAGUCGACACCACCGGAUGCCCCGAUCGGCAGGAUCAAAGCGACAGAUGCCGACGUGGGUGAAAACGCAGAGAUGAAAUACAGCAUCACUGAAGGGGAUGGCUUGGAAAUGUUUGGCGUAAUCACAGACAAGGAAACUCAGGAAGGCAUUCUGACGGUCAAAAAGCCCCUGGAUUUCGAAAAGAAAAGACAGUUUACCCUGAAAGUUGAGGCCGCAAACCCUCGCGUGGACCCGAGAUUUGUCUAUCUUGGACCAUUCAAAGAUGCCACUACGGUCAGGGUUCUGGUGGAGGAUGUCGACGAGCCUCCAGUGUUCAGCAGACCAGCGUAUGUGCUUGAAGUGAAAGAAGACGUCCAGAUAAACACUGUCAUAGGAACCCUCACUGCCCGGGACCCAGACAUCGCCAAGAAUCCUAUCAAGUAUUCUGUGGAUCGUCAUACCGAUAUGGAUAGGAUAUUCAACAUUGAUUCUGGAAAUGGCUCGAUAUUUACUUCCAAGUCUCUUGACCGGGAAACGUUAUUGUGGCACAACAUUACCGUAAUCGCGUCUGAAAUCAAUAACCCAAAGGAAAGUAGUCGCGUUCCGGUGUAUAUUAAAGUCCUGGAUGUGAAUGAUAACGCCCCGCAGUUUGCCAUGUUUUACGAGACCUUUGUCUGCGAAAAUGCGAAGGCCGAACAGCUUAUACAGACCCUCAGUGCAAUUGACAAGGACGACUCUUUCAGUGGACACAAAUUUUCAUUCUCUUUGGCUCCCGAAGUCGCCGGUAGCUCCAAUUUCACCGUUCAAGACAACAGAGAUAACACAGCAGGGAUCUUCACCAAGAGAAUCAGAUACAAUAGACACGAAAUGAGUACAUACCUUCUGCCUGUGGUCAUAUCAGACAACGUCUACCCGGUUCAGAGCAGCACGGAGACUGUGACCAUUCGAGUGUGUGCCUGUGACCAACGAGGCAAGUUGUUGUCUUGUAACGCUGAAGCACUGAUCCACCCUACUGGCCUUAGCACAGGGGCCCUGAUUGCCAUCCUUCUCUGCAUCAUCAUUUUGCUAGUUACAGUGGUGUUGUUUGCGGCGCUGAGGCGACAGCGGAAGAAAGAGCCUUUGAUCAUUUCCAAGGAAGACAUCCGAGACAAUAUUGUCAGCUACAACGACGAAGGUGGCGGAGAGGAAGACACCCAGGCAUUUGAUAUCGGCACUCUACGCAACCCCGAAGCCAUAGAAGACAAUAAAUUGCGCCGAGACAUUGUGCCGGAAACUCUUUUUGUGCCACGCCGGACUCCAGUGGUGCGAGAUAACACUGAUGUCAGAGAUUUCAUUAGCCAAAGGUUAAAGGACAAUGACACAGACCCCACAGCACCCCCUUAUGACUCACUAGCAACAUAUGCGUACGAAGGCAGUGGCUCUGUGGCAGAGUCCCUCAGCUCUUUGGAGUCAGUGACAACGGAUGGAGAUCAGGACUACGAUUACCUCAGUGACUGGGGACCUCGGUUUAAAAAGCUGGCCGAUAUGUAUGGUGGAGCAGACAGUGAUAAAGACUCUUAAUAGGUUGCCUUUUUUCCCAUUUCCAAGACACAGCAUUGAAAUGUGUGACAUUGCUAUUUCUUUCUACGUAUUCACAAUUCUUUGAAAGGGUUCUCUGUUCUACCCAUUGGAAUCGUUUCCGUGACUGCAGUCUUUUGUGGACCCGGUGCCAUUUCUUUUCCUACCCCCGCACAGAACGUGGCGCUUCCAUGAGGAGAAGAAGGAGAAGAAGAAGAAGAAGAAGAAUGGGGAGGGGUGUCUUUUAUUUUUUAGUAUCCCGUUUACGUAGGCAGUCGGAACAGGCGCGUCAGCAAGAGAAUUGAGGGACAACAGAAACAGAAAUGGAAUAGUAGUUUUAACAUGUUCUGCUUAUCUUGUAAAUUGGAUUAUCCUACUGGUAUAGUUCACUAAAUAAUCCUACUGUAUUUUAGUUAUUUAGCUCAGACAUAUUUUCUGUAGUUGUGUAUUGUAACAUCCUAUUGUAAAGGAAGUGCCAGGGCUUAGCUUAACGAUUCUAGUAAAAAGAGCGAGGCGGGCGUCCCUCGUUCUAAAGCCACUACCAGCCAAUCAGAAACGAGGCUUCUGAAGAGUUAAAAUGGUCCAGUAGCCACUCGGAAACUCGUGUGAAUCUUGAGUUGGCUGCUUCUUCAAAGCAUUGGAUCGCACUAGUGGUAGACAAUCAGGAGGAGGAGGAAGGAAAAAGCAUGUGUAUGAAGGAUGUUCCUAAAGGGUUUUCUAUAUGUAAUUGGAGCAAUGCCCCGCAAACACUAGAACUUCUAAGGUGUUGACUUCCAGGGAACAAAUAAAGAGAGAAACAGAUUCACGCCCAAGAACAUCAUAAACGCUAUGUGCAACAUUGCAGUGAAUACUCAGUGGUCCAUAGAUGCAAACAAGCUCUGUCUUUGUAUUAACAUCCCGCCUGAAGCUCGACGGCAUAGACAACCCUAGUACAUUAUUCUCUCAUGGCCUGGUUUGUCUGCCUAGUCUCUGCUAUUGCCUUCUUCUACUGAGAAGCAAAGUGCCCAAGUCCUGCAUUACUGAGGUGAAUUUGACAAUGGAGGUCUGUAUUUCCUGGGUAUUUGAGGGAGGAAGCUAGAAGGCAGCCAGAGCAUUUUGAUAGUAACUUAAAUAAAAUAAAUACUGACAAGAUAAAUAAGGAAGCCGGGAAGAGCAAAAGUGACCGAUCCAGAUUGGAUUCGUGGAUAUGUG